ACCCUGCUCUGGAGUUGGAACAUGACCGAAGUCCGUUUUGGUAUACCAAAUAUACCUCCUACAAAUUGGACAAUAAGCUGAAAAUUGUUUGUUGUGGUGUCAUUGAACAAAUAAAAUUGAAAAAUUUUGGCUAAGGCCAAAAAAAUGACAAAUGCCUCCUGACUAGAGGAUUUUUUGUAAGAAUUUCAUAGGGAUGCUGGCGUCAAAGCGCGCAUCACAGAGGUCUAGAUCAAGCAUUUCCGGCGGCCCAUAUAAAUGGGGCAUCACUGAUGAACACUGAAGAUAGAAACGGUAAUUAUAUUAGGUAUAUCAAUAAUGAAUGGUUAUCAUCAGAGCAAAAUGAAUGGGGCAAUGAAUGGACAAGGAAAUGGUGAACACACAUCAGAAAAUGGUCAUCAUAACGGCAAUAACAAUGCAGAAAAUGAUCAUGAUGGUGGUCAUAAUGGUGAAUACCACAUCAAGAAUGGUAAACACCAUUUCAAUGGUUGUCACGUUCUUGUAACUGGUGGAGCUGGGUACCUAGGCUCAACAAUGGUUCCGAUGUUGCUGGAUGAAGGGUACAAAGUUACCAUAUAUGAAAUCUUUUUAUGGGGAGCCGCUCCGAUUUUGCCUAUCGCAUCGCAUCCGAAUCUUGAUAUCGUGCGUGGAGAUGUAUGUGAUUCUGAGCGUUUGAAGGCAGUAAUGAAAGACUGUGACGCGGUUAUUCAUCUUGCUGCGAUUGUGGGUUAUCCAGCGUGUGAGAAAGAGCCAGAGUUGGCUAAAAAGGUCAAUGUAACCGGUACCGCUAAUGUAGUUCGGCACCUGAAGCCGCAUCAGAAACUGAUCUACUCUUCCACAGGCUCUUGCUAUGGAGCGGUAGAGGGAGUUUGCACUGAAGAAACGAAUAUAAGUCCGCUGACGCUCUAUGGGAGCACCAAGGCUGAGGGUGAAAAACUUGCACGUUCUGUCGGGGGAGUGGCACUACGUUUAGCAACCGUAUUUGGUGUCGCUCCACGGAUGCGCCUAGACCUGUUGGUGAACGAUUUAACACAAAAGGCGAUCAACCUAAAGAAAUUUGAUCUCUACCAAGGAAGCUUUCGCCGCACGUUUCUUCAUGUAAAGGAUGCUGCAAGGUCGUUUCUUUUAGCUCUUAAAAACUACAAAACAAUGAGUGGACAGGCGUACAACAUCGGCGACGCCCACAUGAACUUGACUAAAGCAGAUGUUGCCCGGCUCAUAAAGGGUGUCGUUCCUGAAUGCAUGAUCACGAUUUCAAACAAAGGUGAAGAUAAAGACAAACGUGACUACGAGGUUUCCUAUCAGAAAAUUCAGAACCUUGGAUUCACUGCGAGCAUUUCAAUUGAAGAUGGAAUUCAAGAAUUACAAAAAAUUAUACCAAACCUUACCCAAAGAGAAAUCUUAGCAGCUAGAAAUAUAAGUUUAUAGAAUGAAAUAUUUCAGUAAGAACUGUAACUUGCCAAACAUAAAUUAUUUUGACAUUCCUAAAAAUAUUUACAGUUAAUAAAAAGAGAAAUAAUGCCUAAUUGGUAUUUAAUAAUAAUGAUGUAGCACAUGCUGUGAAAAUUGUUCAUAUUUUUGUAUGUGGAAACCAAAUAAUUACUCUUCCUGAUAUAUGUUAAGGCUAACUCGGGCAGCGUCAUUGGAUGCAGCCUGACGGGAUUUUUCUUAGGUAUUAGGUGGUCGUGAAAAUAUUUAAAAAUGUUUGAUAGCCUACUGCGUGACUCCCACCGAUGUGGUAUCAUGACGGCUUUGAAUCUGGGUGUAACUCACGCUGACACGACGCAAUGAUAAAUUUGGGCAGCAUUGUACGCCCCCGACUGAGUUGCCUUUUAGAGGGGUUUUGAGCCAAUAAUAAAUUAAUCAUUCAUCAUGAACAUGUUUUCGAUUAACUACAAGGUGGAUAAACAAGUCAUUUUUGUUAUUAGAUACUCCACUCAGUUGCAUGCCAAGCAUUGAAGAUUUCCCAACAAGGGUAGAUUUACUGAGUGGAUUGCAUGAUAAACUACAGAUUGGAGUAGAGCUUGUAUUUGCAGGUUUAAAUCUGGUAAAAAAAAGCCAAGCACUUUUUUUUUCCUGACAAUUAUUCUUUUCCUUUCGCGUUAGCGGUUUGUUGAAUGCAAUUUUUGGCUGCCAUCUCACUUCUUUACCUGAACGGCUUAUUUGGUUUUUUUUUUACAUUUUAUUUAUUUAUUUAUUUUAUUUUGGUUUUUUGAUAUGAUGAAGGUGGUCUUCAAAUAUUCUAGCAUUACCAUUAUUUGUCCCCUCCCUUAAUUUAUAGAUAAUGAAAGUGGCAGACAUACCAUAGUUCUAGGUUGAAUAGUUUGGUGGUUAAUAUUCUUGCCUUCCAAUCCUGGGUUCAAUUCCUGUCAGUGUUGCAGGAUUUUUUUUCUCACAACCAAAACAACUCCACUCCCUAAACCUGAUAUUGAGAUUUAGUUUGUAUCGUGUGCAUAUUGCCAUGUGAAAGGGAUUGUCACCUACAAGUAGGACAGGGAUAUAAUUCGCUAUUGAUAAUCCUUGGUGCAUGUGUUGUGUGCCUAAAUAAUGAAUAAAAAUAUUUGCAAGUUAUAUACUUGGCUGUUGGAUGUUGAUAGAAAAAUUUAAAAAAAAUCAAAAUAUUGGGAUUCAUAAGGAUUGGAUUAGGUUUGAAAUUUAACCACACCAUUAAUGUUGUGUUACAGGGUUAUGUUGUAAACACAGGGUAAUAAUUGUUUUUUUUUUUUUUUUUUUUUUUUUUGUUUAAUUGGUACACGUGGAGUUUAGCUAUGGUAUUUGAUGAAAUAAAGAUACACAUUAUUCUGGAUAUA